AUGAGCCAAAAGAUUGGAAAGGCGGCAUCUAAGAUAUUUUCCAAAACAAUCAACAGUCCGAAAACUUCCUUUCCAAUGUUUGCCAAUCCUGCACUGAGAGAGAAACCAUAUCUGAAAAGGUGUACAUCUGGUAUGUAUAUGACUCCAAUGAAAUAUUGUAAUGUAGAUCUCUAUAAUUGGCAAAAACAGGCAAGAAGUGGUUCUCAGUAUAGAAAGUGGAUAACACACGAUGGUCCUCCAUAUGCAAAUGGCGAUCUACAUAUGGGUCACUUUGAAAACAAGAUCCUGAAAGAUAUUAUUAAUCGUCAUAAACUGCUUACUGGAUGUUGUGUGGAAUACAAACCAGGCUGGGAUUGUCAUGGUCUUCCCAUAGAGUUGAAGGCAUUGCAGAGCAUGUGUAAAAACGAAAAGCAAACCGACAGUUUGAAAAUACGCAGUCUUUGUCGAAAGUUCGCUUCUGAUACGAUUAAGAGACAAAAGAAAUCGAUAAACGAGUGGGGAAUCAUAACCUCGAUUCUGAUUGUUACUAUACUCUUACAAAGGAAUCUAGAAUUGUUCAGCGAUAUGGUUGCAAAGAACUGCAUCUAUCGAGGCCUAAAGCCCGUCUAUUGGUCCCCUCAUUCUCACACGGCGCUAGCCGAAGCCGAACUCGAAUAUCACGAUCACAAAAGCCCCAGCAUUUACGUCUCUUUCGAUCUCCAAAGCUCUCCCAAUCCUGCUUUGCAGUCCUUUCUCUCCUCUCACUCCCUUCAAGCCCUCGUCUUUACUACCACGCCCUGGACCAUUCCUUCCAACGUUUGUCUUUCUGUAAGCCCCGAAUCGGAAUACGUCGUUGUGCAAACUCCCCAAAACGAGCUCUUUUUGGUCAUGAAAGACCGCGUUGAAGCGCUUUCCUCGCUCCUCCAAGUCCCUCUCUCCAUCGUUCUUUCGAAUCUCUCCGGACUUUCUUUGCAAGGAUCCGUCUAUUCGCAUCCUUUACUGCACACAUCUCACACCGUGAUCGCAGGACAUCACGUCACGUCCGACACAGGAACUGGAAUCGUUCACACUGCGCCGGCUCACGGCCUCGACGACUUCAAUAUCUGCGUGUAUCACAACGUGAUCCAGGAAGACGUGGACGACAACGGGAAUUUUAAAGCGAACGCGUGGGACGAUCGAAUCAACGGACGCAGCGUGCUGGAAGAGGGCAGCGAGCGCGUGAUGGAAUGGCUUGCCGAAUCGAAUCAUUUGGUGCAUCGCGGCGAAAUCACUCAUCGCUAUCCCUACGAUUGGAGGGCCAAAAAGCCGGUUAUUUUCCGCGUCACCCCGCAGUGGUUCAUCCGAACGAAGCAUCUCGUGCAGAAUCAACCCAUUCUCGAUUCACUAAAAGUAAAGGUCCAGAUGAUUCCAGAAUCGUCGCGCCAGCGACUCACUGCGAUGAUCUCCGACCGUCCUGAUUGGUGUAUUUCCCGCCAACGCGCGUGGGGCGUGCCGAUCCCCGCGGUAUUCCGACGUGACGAAACGGGAAAAGAGACGGUUUUGAUGAACAAACAGAACAUUGAUUACAUUAUCAAGAUUUUGGAGGAAAAGGGAACCGAUUAUUGGUUCGAUUCCGCGGUGAAGGAUGAGGAAUUCGUGGAUCCAAAAAUCCGCGAAGCCGAUUCGAAAUCAGUUCAGUAUCGAAGAUCGCAAGACACGCUGGACGUCUGGAUCGACAGCGGCGUUUCCUGGUUCCACAACUACCCCAACACCAUCGUCGAUCUGUUUCCCCAGUUUCUCCGAUUGAAUCCUAGCUACCUCGAAGGCAGCGACCAGCAUCGCGGCUGGUUCCAAUCGAGCAUUUUCACCAGCCAGGUGCAUCGAGGCGCGCUUCCUUUCCGCAAUCUCGUCACGCACGGGUUUUUAGUCGACGAGAAGGGACAGAAAAUGUCGAAAUCGCUCGGAAACCUCAUUACGCCCUCCCAGCUCCUCGGAUCCGCCGAAUCGCCAGCGAAUUCCAAAAGAACACCGGCGAAUUCGAAAGGAACGCAGUCGAAUUCCAAGAAAACGCCAUCGAAUUCGACCGAAACACAGUCAGCUUUGAGAGGAACACAAUCGAAUUCGAAGAAGGUGCCGACGAGUCUUUUAGAUAGGCAAUGGGCGGUGGAUGUGCUUCGCUUGUGGGUGGCUUCUUCGGAUUACACUUACGAUAUUUCGCUGGGAUUGCAGCAAUUGCUCAAAGUGCAGGAAUCGUAUCAGAAACUACGCAAUACGAACCGCUAUUUGCUCUCGAAUCUUUUCGAUUUCGAUCGAACGCGCGAUUCGGUUCCGUAUGACCAAAUGUCGCUCUUCGAUAAGUGGUGUUUGAGUCGCCUUUUCUCUCUUUCCACCAAAAUCACACAGGCCUACGAUCAUUUCGUUUUCACAGAUGUGUAUCGAUCGCUCGUUUCGUUCGCCGCUUCUGAUCUUUCAGCCACCUAUUUUGACAUUAUAAAAGAUCGACUUUAUACAGAUGCUCCCAACUCAAUUCGACGAAGAGCUUCGCAAACCGUUCUGCGAACCAUUCUCGAUGUGCUGCCUCAGCUAAUGGCGCCGAUCACGCCGUUUUUGUCAGAGGAGAUUUACAGUGCGCUGAAGGAAGAGGGAAGUAUCUUCCAGAACACAUACGUAAAGCUGAAUCCGGAAUGGAAGAACGAGGAGGUGGAGACGGCGUGGAAUUGUGUGGAGUCGAUCCGGGGUGAGGUAAACAAGGAAUUAGAGAAGUUGAAAAAGGAGGGAAUUGUGAAAUCUGCACUCGAAGUCGAUUUGAGUAUUAUGACAGGUAGGAAUGCGAGUUUCCUUUUGAUUUAG